AAGACGUGCGACGGGAGAGAGCGCCUAGGGUUCCAUUCGAUCGGCGCGAUGGCGUUCAAGAAGGCGUUCGGUCAGACGGUGCGCGAGCUGAAGAGAGAGGUGAACAAGUUUAGGCUGCCCGAGAUCGAGAUCAAGGUCCAAGAAGCUACGAGCAAUGAGCCUUGGGGACCGCAUGGAUCUCUCAUGACUGAAAUAGCUGAUGCCACUGUUGACCCGAAUGAGCUGCAACUUAUAAUGGGAGUUCUUCAAAAGCGCCUUCUCGACACAGGGAAAAACUGGAGGCAUGUUUACAAGAGCAUGACGGUUAUGGAGUUUCUGGUCGCAAACGGAUCACCGCAAGCAGUCGAGAGUGUUAUCAGCUUCUUGUCUCAACUUAUGGCAAGGAAAUUUAUGACUCCAUGUUUCUCUUUCUCCCAGUUUCUGAUUAAUCAUCCUCGUUUUUGAUUCCAGAGCAGCCACUUACGGAAUUCCAAUACGUUGAGCAGCCAAGCGGGAAAGAUCAGGGGAUCAAUGUGAGAAAAAAGGCAGAAACCAUGGUUGCGUUGCUAAAUGACAGGCAGAGGAUAAACGAUGUUCGUAAAAAAGCCGCGGUCAACAAGAACAAGUACCAAGGCGUUGGAUCAAAUCCAGCCGCGGAGAAACCUUCCGGUCGAUUAGAAGACGACGAUUGGCAAAAGCCAAUGCAGCAACAAGAGUGGUCUCAACAAUCAUCGAGUUCUACUUCAACACAGGGAGGAUCUCCUGAAAACUUUGCCAGCAGCCGAGGACCUCCACCAAGUUACGAGGAAGCCAUGCGAUCUUCCAUUCCAGUGGACGAGGGUUUUGACGAGUUUGAUCCCCGGGGAGCGCCACCGUCGUCCGCCACCGGCUUUGCGAAUCCAAGUUCGUUCCAAAUGAAUCCACAGAUGUCUUCUACGAAUCCAAACGCAAGCAGCAUAUCAAACUUUGCUCCCCCGGCAGCCGCGGCGUUUCCACCGCUCCAAGGCUCGAGUGACAAAGUAGAGAACGCGUUUAGAGCUGGACAUAUGAGCUUCAAACCUCCCUCUCGCUGAAAGACUGAACUUGGACCUUAGCGUCAGCACUUCCAUUGCAUAGCUAGAUAUGAACGCAAGCUCCAGUGUUUUGAGCUCGCGAGCUCAAAAUUGAGCUCACGUGUCAAAUCCUCCAGGUUAAACACUAGAGCAGUGCUACUACUCAGCGCC